UUGACAAGGACUCUAUUCCAUGGCUGACCCUCUGCACGUCUACCUCUGCUGAUCUGGCCACGCCCUCUCUCUCCUCUUCAUGUUCUGCAGUUCCCCCCACCUCCCAGCCUCCCCUCUCUGUCUCCACAGCUCCUGCUCCUCUACCACUGCCACCACUACUACCAACACUCCUGUGUCAGAGUCGUUCAUAGUCUCCUAUCCUAUUGCCUCUAUUCCCUCUCUCUCCCUGUCCUCUCCUCCUGUCUUCACUACCACUACUACCAACACUCCUGUCAGCCAAUCUGUCUCUACCUCCUCCACUACUGCCAGUGUCUCCACAGCUCUCAUCCUGUCUCCUCCAGUCCUGGUGAGUCCCCUCUUCAAGAGCAUUGCUGACUGUUUGAUUUUGCCUUCUACUGUCUCUCUCUAUACUCAGUCAUUGAGUGUUCCUCCACUUCCUCCACUACUGCCACAGCUGCUAUUCCUCUCUCCUCCACUACUAGCACCACUCCUGGUGAUGGUGUCUGUCGACCACUCUGCCAGAGCUACUUCGUCUGGAAAUCCCGAGGGAAUUGCCACAAGCCACACCAAAUUUGGAAUCUUCCUCCUCAACGACGAGACGGGGGAUAAAGUGAACAUAAUCGAGUACAAAAACCGUGGGGAUCCAGAGAGCAUUUCUCGCAGCAUUCUGGGGGAGUGGCUCAGAGGAAAGGGACUUCCCGUGACGUGGGAGACUCUGGUCAAGGCUCUCAGAGACACUAAACUUUUUACUCUCGCUGACAAAGUCCAGGCCGCAAAAUUGUAACCACAUGUUUUGUACACCAUCUCUACACCACACUUCUCACCUCUAUACCACACUCACCUUCUUCUCAUCUCUAUACCACACUUUCUUCUCAUCUCUAUACCACACUCACUUUCUUCUCAUCUCUAUACCACACUCACUUUCUUCUCCGUGUUUUGUAUACUGCAGUAUAACUUUUGGAAUAUUAUGUUUCUUAUUGGAGCACAUGUUUACUGUGAUGCGCAAAGCUGUCCAAUGGCACUUCUGAAUAACGAUAUUCGUUA